UAUCAAGGAUCGUGUUGUUCAAUCGAGACCUUUUGCGUAGUGACUGAAGUCGGAACCUCAUGAUUCCGUCCGAAAAGAGAAUGAACCGCACUAAUAAAGURCCAAACUGAACGCUAAAAUCGAGCAAAACACACCACACAAUUAUUUCAUUUGAUUUCAAAAAAGUGUCGUGGUCAUUAAAAGUGAACUAAAAAGGACCCUACAAUCCAAAUCAAGUUUGGAAGUUAUUCUUCCUUCAGCGAACAAUWAGAACGAUUCAGUUGCAAUUCCCUUAGUGGAACGUGUCGACCAUGGUAUACAGAAGUCCGUAUGAAACGGAAAAACAACGACUCGAAAAAGACUUGGAGAAAGAAGUUGAAGAAAAGGGAUUUCCUGAUGUCAUCAUUACGUUGUACCUCAGUCAGUUCAUAUAUCACAUGGGUGACAUUCGAACCAGAACAAAGGAGUUGGGAUAUGGUAGUGGUGCAGAGGCAAGAACCGAACUGAUCAACGAGGUAUUGAGGGAUGCUGAAGCUUUCCAAAAACUAAGGGACGGAGGCAAAUCCAUGGCGAAACUCAUGAGGGGAAAGCUCCAUCUGAAUGAUAUCAACCAUGAUGGCCUACCUGAUAUUCCCGAUAUUAACAUGGAUUUAGUUGAACAUGUUUUGAAUAAUGAGAAAUACAAAGAAGUGAGCGAGUCCUGUGCUGAUGAGCUGGAUGUUAUGGCAAUUCAUUCGUUCAAAAAAAUAAAGUUUAUCUAUACAAGUUUGACGCGAUUUCUGACAAGACAGAUCUAGUGCAUGCUAUUGCUGGAAGAGAAAAAGAGAAGAAAGAUGGCACUAAGUUUUCGGAUCUGUUUCUUAUUUUUCGUGGCUCUGUCACAUUGAAAGAUUGGAUUCAGAACCUUMAAGCUCCUCUCGUCAACAUCGAUAUUCAGAAAGAGAAGAAUUCUGGAAAAUGGUUCUUGGUCGAGCAGUGCACGUACAGUAGAAUUGAGAUAGAGAAAGAGUUAGCUUCUUUGCUAGAAGAUGCAAUUGGCGAUACCCCGAUCAAGGUCCAUCGAGGUUUCCUCAGUUAUUUAUUUGGCAAGACCAAUUCGUCAACACCGAAAAAGAAAGAUAAGACAGAUGAAAGUGGUCGAACCAAAAGGGCCAGCACCAAUGGUACAGUCUCUUUCAGAAACGUUAAUGUUUCCAAGUACCAAAGCAUUAAAAAUGAUCUCCUCCUAUUGUUUCAGACUCAGAGAAGCUCCCUAUAUAUUACAGGACAUUCAUUGGGAGGAGCCUUGUCGACGCUCGCUGCUUUUUUCCUCGCUUGUGAUGUAGAAGUCCAUGAUAACAACAGGUCAUUUGAGGGAUUCAAAUGCAUUACGUUCGCUUCUCCUUUGGUUGGUAAUAUCAGUUUCCAGCGAGCUUUUGAUGUUCUCCAAAACUAUCGGCAAGACAAGAGCUCCCGGAAGUACGCUGCAGGUGUUGUUCGACUUCGGCAUCUACGCUUCACAAAUGAUCGUGAUCUCGUUCCGCUAUCACCUCCUUUGUCAAGAUAUAGGCACACGGCUUGCAUCAACGUUCAUUUGAAUCUUUACAGCCCUCCCUUGUCUCCCUCUUGGUGCAGGAUUCGCAAAGAAGAACCCCAUAGAGACAUAUUUCAUCGAUGGAAUUCGGAUAAAUCAGAUAAACAGAACAAGCGAAAGCUUGGCCUACUUCCUCCAACGAGCACUUUGUCAGGUUUAUGUUCAACAACGUUUCCGUUUCUUUGGGUUGUAUUCAAUACGGCACCCAUCAUAUUGGUCAUAUUGUAUCUGUUGGUACGGCCAGUCGCGAGUUCCCUAUUUUCUGUUUCUAUCUUUAAAGAAUUCUUUCAUGCCAUGCCGAUUCAGAUCCAGAAAUCUUUCAUAGAGUUUUCGGUGCGUGUUUCCGAAACCCUUUCGUCAAAGGCUAUCAUCUGGAUGUCAUGGGCUGGGUGGCUUACGAUGGCAGGAUCACCUAAUGCUGAUUUUAAACGCACUGUAGCGGUGAUGGUUGGGGCUCCUCUCCUGGGAGUCGGGACACUGUAUCUCGCAAACGAACAAUAUUUUGACUACUUCACCGAAAAUGUGGAGGCAUUGUUUGUCGUUGGAAUGCUCUUGUGGCAAAUUGUAAUACUACCAUUUCGAAGAGCCGAUGAGGUUGUUUCUGCUUCCACCCAUGGGUUGGCACAAUAUUACUUGCACAUUAAAAAGAGGGGUGAGCCGUUGUCAUCUUUGAAGAAAAUCGUUGAGAACAAUUUAGCCAUGAAGGGGGACAAAGCCUACGGCGAAGACUCCUCUUCGAAAAAAGUUGUCUGAGUCCCAGUUUGAUCGUGAAAUAUUUUCUAUGUUGCAGUACUCGUCUUAAUUAAAUAAUUAUAAAUUA